AUGGCGCCAGAGCAUGAUGACAAACUGCACAAGAAGCGGAUUAAGAGGCCCAAUUUAACAGACUACACCAUGAGCCAGGGUAAAGACAAUGCAAGACUCAAAAGCUACAAGAACAAGUCCCUCAACACAGAUGAAAUGCGAAGGAGGAGAGAAGAGGAAGGACUACAGCUUCGGAAGCAGAAAAAAGAUGAACAGCUUUUUAAGAGAAGAAAUGUUGCCACAGUGGAGGACGAUGGCAUCUUUGAGGAGGAUGGCAUGGCUGACAGUGGCUACCUAGAGUCCCAGGCCAACAACUUGGACCCACUUUCGGGUGGGGUGAUAUCUGAAGAUAUGAUUCAAAUGAUCUUCUCCACUUCUCCUGAGCAUCAACUCAUAGGUACCCAGCGAUUUCGGAAGCUCUUGUCCAAAGAACCAAAUCCGCCUAUUGAUGAAGUAAUUGCAACUCCUGGUGUGGUUGAGCAAUUUGUUGAAUUCCUAAAAAGAAAAGAGAACUGUACAUUGCAGUUUGAAGCCGCAUGGGUUUUGACCAACAUUGCAUCUGGUACGUCGCAUCAAACACGAGUGGUGAUUCAGGCGGGAGCUGUGCCCAUCUUUAUAGAAAUGCUAAGCUCGGACUUUGAAGAUGUACAAGAGCAGGCUGUUUGGGCCUUAGGAAACAUAGCAGGUGACAGUACAGAGUGCAGAGACUUUGUAAUUGACUGCAACAUCCUGCCUUCACUUGGGCAAUUAUUGGCCAAACAGAAUCGUCUAACAAUGAUGAGAAAUGCUGUGUGGGCGCUCUCAAACCUCUGCCGGGGCAAGAAUCCACCUCCAGAUUUUUCAAAGGUCUCUCCGUGUCUCAGUGUACUUUCCUGGUUGCUGUUUGUCAACGACACAGACAUCCUGGCUGACGCCUGCUGGGCACUCUCUUAUCUUUCGGAUGGUCCCAAUGAUAAAAUUCAAGCAGUCAUUGACUCUGGAGUUUGUUGUAGGCUAGUGGAGUUACUUAUGCACUCUGACUAUAAAGUAGUAUCUCCAGCACUGCGGGCAGUUGGAAACAUAGUAACAGGAGAUGAUUUGCAGACACAGGUCAUACUGAAUUGUUCAGCACUAAAAGCGCUUCUUCAUCUUCUGAACAGUCCAAAGGAGUCUAUCAAAAAGGAGGCUUGUUGGACAAUCUCCAAUAUUACUGCUGGAAACCGUGCUCAAAUACAGAUGGUUAUAGACGCAGGGCUACUAUCUCCUCUUAUUACAAUUCUGCAAGUUGCAGAGUUUCGUACGCGAAAGGAGGCUGCCUGGGCCAUCACUAACGCCACGUCUGGCGGGUCUGCUGAACAGAUACGGCAUCUAGUGGAUCUUGGUUGUAUUAAACCACUGUGCGAUCUGCUCACUCUAAUGGAUUCAAAGAUUGUACAAGUCGCUCUAAAUGGCUUGGAGAACAUCCUGCGUCUGGGAGAACUAGAGGCAAAGAGAGGAGGAGGCACCAACCCUUACUGUGAACUUGUUGAGAAGUCUUAUGGUUUGGACAAACUGGAGUUUCUUCAAGCUCAUGAGAACCAAGAGAUCUAUCAGAAAGCCUUUGAUCUGAUUGAGCGCUAUUUCAACACUGAUGAUGAAGACCCUUCACUGGCCCCAGCGGUGGAUCUGCAGCAGCAGCAGUUUCUCUUCCAACAGUGUGAAGCUCCUAUGGAUGGCUUUCUGCUAUAA